AAUGUUUUUGAGUGUCUUAACUAAAACAAAAUCCAAUCAAUGUUAAUUGAGUGUUCAAAAUUUUAAAAUAAUUAAAUGAUCAAAUUUUCUCCAUAUAUUCUUAUUUAUAAAUUUAAUAUAUUAAAACUAUUAAAAAUUCAAGUAUAUACAACCUUUACAUACUUAACACAUGUAUGUUGUUAAAAAAAAGAAAGAUGAAACAUAUGUACGUGUUUAACUGCAUCAUUCUAAGAUGAAUGCUAAAAAGAGUUUUUGAUGUUUACUAAUAGAUAAGUUAGUUCGUCUUACAAACUGACCAAUUUAGUGUAUUUACUCUAACUCUAAUUCUAUCUAACACGAGUGAAAAUAACCAUCUUUGCUAGGAGUGAGCAAACAUUCUCCUAUAUUUUAAAAUGGUAGUGUUAUGAUAGUGAUCUAUAAUCCCACACUUCAGAUAAAAACUAGUUUAGUGAUGACAUUGCUACCAUGAUAUCAGACAAAUGAUCUCUCCGUAUUAAUUUUCUCAUUUUGGUAUAUUAACGGGGAGUUUUUAGGGUGGAAUUUUUAGCGCAACAUGAAAAAUCGUCUCUUGAUUUUUAGCUAAAAAUUCUAAGAACCGGUUUUUAAAUAAUAUUUAAGAACCGGUUCUUAGUUUUUUUAGUUAAAAAUUAAGACAUUGUUUCUUAUAUUCCGCUAAGAACUCCACCCUAAUAACCUCCAUUAAUCAUGUUAUUACAUGUGAGGGAGUAUUAUUCAAUAUGGCCAAACUUCAUUCUUUUUGAAUUUUUUGACCCCUAAAGCUUUAAAGAAGUUUACAUGUCCUAAUAGUAACCGUAACAUUACCAUCACAAACAAUCAACUCAUUGUUAAGUAUACUGUAAUGAGUCAUCAACCAAAAGGAAAAGGACGUAACCAUGCAAAUUAUAACUAGACAUAUGUGCUAUACAAUGAUAUUUCAUUGUUUAAUGAAUUAAUUUCCAAACAAUUCCUUUAACUAAAAAUAAGACUUGCAGUCACGAAAAAAAAAAUUUACACACAAAACAACAAACACAUUACAAUCUUUUUUGAACAUUACACAUUACAAAAAUUUGAGGAAAUGAUUACUAAGACUUUUUUUUUAUUAAUGUAAGUAAUCCUUUAGGACUAGAAAUGUGUAUGAACACACAAUUGACACAAAAAGGGGCAACCCUUUUUAUUCCGGAAUUCAAAAAUGGAACAAUAUGCAUAACACACUGAUGUACAUUUUUGGGCACACACUUUGUGCACUGAACCCACAAGAAAACGCAGACACGUUUUUUUGAGUUUAAGAGUUGUCAGCUUUCGAAAGUAUAUGGUGUUAAUAUACAAAGUAAUGGUUGGGUUUCAUGUACUUUGAACGGUGAUCAAGGGAAUGCUGAAUUCCUUAUCAUUCCAAAAAAAAAUCACCAUUCACAAGGAAUAGUUUUUUCUUUUUUUUUCCUCUCCAUUCCUUUUUUUGUAGAGAAAUAUAGAACAAAAACAUUCAUUCUUAAAUUUGAUAAGAAACAAGUAUUCCUUUUCAUUCCUGUAAUUUUAUUACUAUACGUUCUUUUUUUAUUCAUUCCUCGUGUUUCCGAAAAGAUCACUAGUCGGAGCUUAUUGUUCCUUAUUGUAGAAAAAUAAGUUGGGAAAUUUUUAGAGAGGAACGAGUCCAAAAUGUGACAUUUUAACCUGUAAAUAAGGUGACGUGUUAGUUUUUUUGUUUAAAAAAAAAGAUUUGUUGUUGUUUACUUAAUUAAUAUAAGCAAUUAAUAAGAAAUAAAAAAGGAAACAUAAACAAAAAUUAGAAAAACUAGCAAAAAUUUUAAAAUCGAACUUUUGAAAAACAAUAUUGAAAUUAAAAAAAAAUCAUUUUUAAAAUGAACUUUUUGCAAAAAAAGAAAGUUUUUUUUUAUUUUUUUGUAAAAUCAUAUAAAAAUCUAAAAAAUUAAAAAAAUAAUUUCGAACAUAUAUAUGAUCACUAAAUGUUACUCUUAAUAGUGGACCACAAGGCCCCCCUUGUAAUUAUUAUGAUUUUAGAGCCAUUAUAGUAUUAAUCAAUAAAGAAGAGUACUUAACAGAAAAUGCAAUCUUGAAAAAAGGAAAAUAUAAUAAUAUAUUGAGAAAGAGUAUUCAAAAAGAAUUAAAUCUCAAAUAAUUAUCUUGAUAAACCAUUCAAGAUUCAUUAACAAUAUAUAAGAUUUGGUUCACUUAUUUUGCACUCCUCAUAGGUCAAAAUAGUAAUAAAUCAAAAGAAUUGACAAAAUCUUCAUAUUCAGAAUUGAAUAAUUUUUUGGCAAACUAUUCUUAGUCAAAAUCAAGGAAGAACAUUUUUAUUUGGUAAUGUUUAAACAUUUAAGGAAAACGAGAAUUGACUUUAAAUCCAUCUAUUAAAAACUUGACCAAAUAUUCCUAUAAUUUGGGUAUUUAAUAUGAGGAAGAAUUCAGUUUAUAUCCUCUCCUAAAAUAUAGUUAUUUAAAUCCUCCGCUAUUCUCGUUAGCAUCAGUUAUAAUCAUCUUGCAACUUUACAUACAAUCUUCAAAUUCUGAUAAUAAUAAAUCAGGGGAUAUCGGGAUUUUUAAAAGAAAAAAAAAAAGCAAGAGGUUAAACAAUGGGAGAAAGGAGUUGGUAUAUGACAAGAGAAGAGAUAGAAGUAAAGUCCCCAUCGAGAGUAGACGGUAUCGACUCAGAGCAAGAGAGUUUCCAACGUUGGUCUUACUCUACUUUCCUCCAGGAGCUUGGCCAGAGACUCCACAAUCCUCAGAAAUCCAUAGCUACAUCGAUAGUCUUAUGUCAAAGAUUCUUCACUCGCGAAUCCCUGGCGAAGAACGACCCCAAAACAAUCAGCAUCAUAUGCAUGUUUAUCGCUGGAAAAGUCGAAGGGUCUCCUAGACCGGUGGAUGACGUCAUCGCCAAGGGUUGCAGGGUUUUACAUGGCAAGGAACCGUCGACAGAGAUGUGCGCGAGAUUGAAGGGGGCUGUGCUAACCGGUGAGAAGUUUGUGCUCUCUACGUUAAGGUUUGAUGUCGAAAUCGAACACCCUUAUGAACCGGCUCUGCAUUGGGUUAGGAGAUGGAUUAAGGUCGAGAUGGACGCUAAGAGAUUGUAUCAGGCUGCGUGGAAUUUCCUCAAUGACGGUUUAAGGUCGUCGCUUUGUUUGCAGUUCAGGCCGAGUCAGAUCGCUGCGGCUGCUUUAUAUCUUGGCUCGCGCAUGACUAAUGUGAAGAUACCAUGUGAUGGGGAGAAAGAUUGGUGGCUAGAGUUCCAUGUAACCAAACGUCAACUGUGUGAUAUUUGUAACCAGACGCUCGAAAUUUACCAACAAGACUUCCUUAUUCCGGUUAAACAUGAAGCAAAGUCUAAGUUUGGUGAUGGAGGUUUAUUGAGACUAGAGCCAGGAAGAUGAAACAACAUCUUUGUCAGGGUGACUCUUGAUGGUCAUUUAGUAUCAUAAUUAAGUGAAAAUCAUAAAUGUAGUCUAAAAAUGUUGUUCAAACAAUUAUUAUUAUUAUUAUUAUUAUUUUGAAAUGAUUGUUAAAUUAAUUCAAAAAAAACUUUUUUUAUAUCAGUGUGCUUCCUUUCUUAUUCUCUAUACAAAUUUUCUUUCAAGAGUUAGACUACUCUCUUCUUUAUCUUCAAACUUCAACCUCUUUUUUAGCUUUGCUUGGCUCCAAACCAAUAGCUUAACCCUCCCUAGAGUUCCUUAUCCUUCUUCUUUUGACUAAUAGAGAACUUGUUUCUCACAGUUUUAUCAAUCAUGAUUGCCAAAAGAGUUGGUGGAAACUCCUUUUCUCCAUGUCUUCUCCUAUUUCUCUCCUCCAAAUGUUAUGAACAGCUGCUUGAAACAUAUAUCUGGUUGUAAAUAGCUGAAGCUUAUUCCCAUCUGAGUCAGUGAUAAGCCUCACUAUCUACGUCUAACUCUCUGUAUAAUGUUCCUUGAGAACUCCUCUCUCCAGAUUCCCCCAUAUCUGUUUUGGAUAAGGACACUCAAAAAAGAGAUGGACAACUGUUUCCAUACGGAGCAUUCCAGAAAAAUAAUGAAGUUAUUGAGAGAUGAGGUAUUGGCUAAAAGAGGCUAAAGAGCUUGUAAUUAAGGUUUUAGUCUAAACCAGUGAGACUCUAUUUGAUUCCUUCCUACGAAUGUGCCUCUCCCAAUCUCACUCAGAAGAAAACGCAGACAGCCAUGGGAGCACUAAAAAGGAAAUCAUCAUCCAAUUCCACAACCUUAGCUAAGCAAAGAAGAAGAGAGGGCCUCACUUUCCCAACUCAAUACUCAAGGCCAUUGUGAACCUGACGCCUAGACAUGGCCGAUCCUGAGCAUAGGCCAGUCAAAGCAUUAGCUUAUGACCCCAAUUUGUUUUUGAAAAAUUAUAUAAAAAUAAACACUUAAAAUUAUAGAAAUCUUUACUGAAUAGUCUACAGCUCCCGAGAUCUCAGGGCCGUCAUGCCACGUGAUCAAUUCCGUUGAUCAAGCAAUUUGUAAGAGUAAGAAGAAGGUAUCCUGAAUAGGAAUUCAGGAAGAAAACAAUCGAUAUGACCGCCAUGACAGCUACGACAACGAGUUUCCUGAAGAUUUCGAGUAAACCUGCCUGUUAAAUCGUAUUACAAUAUCUAUUCUCUUGAUGCUGUAUGUAUUCGAUUGUGGCAAAAUCUUUGUUGAGUGUUCUUGAUUCAGUGGAUACAGAGCUAGAGAGUCUCAAAGUGAAUGCAGCUGAUGAAUACAAAGUUUCUUCAUCCCUUAAGAAAAUCGGAGACGGAUGGAUUCAAGCCGAGAAACAAAUACUCAUAACUUUUAACACAUGAACACAAUUAUGUUUCCAUUGAAUAGUUUAAUUGUUUUUCUAAUAUUUUUUAAAAUACAUUUACGGCUAUUUAUUAAGGUCUGAUUUUAAAAUAUUAUUUUAAAAAACUUAUCAAAAUUUCUAAACUACCCCUAAUUUAACAAAGAAACGACUAAAUUACUCUAACUCCUGAAUCAAAAUUCUAAUUUUUAAAUACUAAAUAAAUAAUAUCUAAACCCAAAUACAAAUCGAACGUAGAAUUUUUUUUUAAAAAA